AUGUCAACUUUAAAAUAUGGAAAUGUUUCAAUUCGACCUUACUUCCGAUCGUUCUUCAACACCAUACGUGCCACUACGGCUCUCUUUCAAAGGGUCAAUUUAAUCGAAAAACAACAUUUCAGGUGAGUCAAUCAGAGUUUGUCCCACCUUCAAUAAAUUUUGUGGUGACCACAAAAUUUAUUGAAGGUGGGACAAACUCUGAUUAUCUGCGUGGAGGAGCAACUGGAUAAUCCACUGAUGGAAAAGAAGGUGAUGACAAUGUCAUUGGUGGUCCCAGCAAUGACAUCCUGUCCGGUGGUCUGGAAAAUGACGUUAUUAACGGUGGCAACGGCGAUGACUCCAUUUACGGAGGGAAUGAAAUGGAUGUCAUUGAUGGCCGUUCUGGAUCUGACACCAUGAUCUUCAAAGAUGACGGGGAUCCAUCAGCAAAGGAGUCAACAUCGACCUCAAAUUUGGUUUUG